AUGGAAGACCUAGGAUUCAAAGGUCAGCUUAGAAUUUAUAUGCAAACUUACACUGAUAGAAUUUCUCCACACAUAAGAAAGAGGUGACUGGCAACUUGCAUUUUGCUAUUAAUCUUCUUUCAAAGAGUUAUCAGCUUGCAAGGUAUUUCUUAUUCAGGCUACUAUGUUGUCGCAUAUUGCUUACUCCCCCUCCGCGAGCGAACAAAACUAUUAGAAAAAUCCCUAUUUUUUGCCCAAAAACCCACCCUCCGUGAGCGAACAAAAAUUUUUUAUUGAAAAAUUUUUUAUAGAAAAUAAUUUUGAUAUAUAAGUGAGAAUUAUUAUAUAAGUGAUAAUACUAUAAUGAAAUCUCGGGCUAAUUCUAUUUAAUUUAAACAAAUUGCUUUUAAAAAAUAAAUUUUAUAAAUUAAAUUAAUAUUUGCUUUCCAAUUUUUGCGAAUUAGGAUUAAAAUUCGAAAAAAAAAAAUUUCUAUAAAAUUUCUAUAUAAAUCUUUUUUAAAAAAAAAUAACCCCCCUCUAUGAGUGAACAAAUUUUUUUUUUCACUCACGGAUGGGGGGGAGUUAGCUAUUUUUAUCCUUAAUCUUUUUUUGAGAUUCCUUACUCCAAUUAAGAAAUAAAAUGGUGGCGUUGAUGGAACUUGGACUCUGAGGCACACUCCCUAUGGAGCAGGUAGGACCCAUCCUGAUGUACUGAAAGAAGGGCCUCUGUCUUGGUGGAAGUAGGCCUUCAGACUUGGGUAUGCCUUGCCGAGAAGUGAAGUUUUAUUUCUUCCCCAGAGGUUUUCCCUGUCCCUACCGGAUGGGCUAUACAGGUUUUGCCUACCACAUGGUCUUUCCUCAUUGGCACUAUCGGGGCACUAUCUAAGAGCGGCUCUGUCCAGGGCGAGCUAAUCCCAUGGACAGGUGGUUCAGGCUGGAAAUUCAAAUGGCGCCUCGGAUGCCAUUUUGGAGCCGAGACGGGGAGGAUCGUCAGCGCUUGCAGGAGCGCUUAUGGCCGGAUACUUAAUAACUUAACUUAACCUACUCCAAUUAAAAUAAAAUGGUGACGUCGACGGAAAUUGGACUCCGAGGUGCUCUCAAUAUGGAGAAAGCGGCCCACCCUGAUGAAGCUGAAAAUAGGGCCUCUUUCCUUUUGAAGUAAGCCUUCAGGCUUGGGGAUACCUUGCCGAAAAGGGAAAUAUUGUUUCUCUCCGAAGGUUUCCUAUCCCUACCAUGGGCUAGACAGUUUUGCCUGCCGCAUGGUCCUCCCUUUUUGGGACCAUUGGGGCACCCUACAUGCGGUGGCUCUGCCCUAGGGAGUUAAUCCCUUGAGCAGGUGGUUCAGAUCGGAAAUUCAAGAUUGCAGCCUAUCUUUCCCUCUUUUGCCUUAUGGGCGACGAGGAGGAUAAUUUGGAGCCAAGACGAGGCAAAGGCUAGUGGGCUUCAUUUAUGGCCAGUUUAGCCUUUUAAUUUAAUUUACUCCAAUUAUGUCAGACAUGGAAGAUGAAGAAUCUGAUAAUCCUGUGCUGCCUAUGAGAGAAACAAAUGAGUAUAAACCUUUUAUUCGCAAGCUAGGAGAGUUCAGUUUCUGGAAAAAUACACUUAUAGGAACUCUGAUUUCAAUUAUUUGUACUUUUAUAGAGGCUUUAAAUUUCGAAAUUUUUUGGCCUGUUUUAGUGAUUUAUUUUUUAGUGCUAUUUGUAGCAACGAUGAGGAGACAAAUAGCCCACAUGUACAAGCAUGGCUACAUUCCUUUUGAUUUUGGGAAAGAGAAAUAUAAUAGUCAAAGAGAAAAAACAAAAGGUAGGGUCGAAUAA